ACAAUAUGAAGAUGUCUUGGAAUAUGAUAUUGAGUCUGCAAUAAAACUUUAACAUACAUUUUAUAUAACCAAGUGCAUGAUUAGGACAGUUGUAAUGUACAAAGCCAUGUAAUACGACUUAUGUAAUGUCAUCAAUUACUCUUAGACUGGUAACUACUACUUGUACUAACUGUCGUUGAAUAAACACAAAAUCUCAGAUGAUGAUGUACUAUAGAUAAAGGAAUCGUUAAAAAAUACGUCCCUAUAUAAUUUCGACUGAGAUUCAACUUCAUUGUUUGAAUCCAGAUGUUUGAAUCGGAUGUGUUUUUACCCCACGCAUGACCGAUCCAUAUUAAUGUACUGUAACUAAUAUCAAACAACAAUUAUUAUGAUCAAGUGCAAAACUUUGUUAUUUCUUUGGUUAUAAGGGAAGUGAAAAUACAUAUCUGAAACACGGAUGUUUAAUAGAUGACAGAUUUUUAUGUAUGACAAGGAAAAAAUAAACAACAAUACCCCAUCAACAGUAAAGAAUGUAACAAAAGUGUUUGCCAGAGCAAUGAGGAAGAUUGUCGUCAUUCCUGGAAAGGACUUUAUAUUACGUUUGGUUAUUCUGUGAUAAAUAUUCAAAUUAUAAGUGAUAACUGAACAACUGACCAUGCUGAACUUAUCGUUGAUGAUGGUAUUAUUUUUGGAAAUUAUUGGAACAUCAUUCAGCAAGACUUGUCAUGAGCGAAAAACGCAAAUUUUGUCAAAACAUCAACAACAAGCCUUGAUUGAACAAGAACUGGUGCGAUGUUUUACCAAUAUUCAAAACCAAAAUGAUAAAAACUCCAGCCAAUGUGGACAAGUAUGGGACGGGGUUAUGUGUUGGCCACCGGUCGAACAUGGAACCACAAGCGUUCAGCAAUGCCCAAGAUAUAUCCAUAAGUUUAAACCAGAUGGCUUUGCAACGCGGAUAUGUUUGGAAAACGGCGACUGGUUUGUUCAUCCCGAUUUAAACAAAACAUGGACAAACUAUUCCGGAUGUGUUGGAAACAUUACAGAUAACCAAUCACUAGUGCCCGAUGUCAUUCAGGAACAUAUGCCUAGGAUCCAGAUAUUCUACAACAUUGGUUAUAGUAUUUCGCUGGUUUCCCUCCUUGUUGCAGUAAUACUGAUGAUUUAUUUUAGAAAGCUUCAUUGCCAGAGAAAUACUGUUCAUAUCAACAUGUUUAUUUCAUUUAUAUUACGAUCUAUAAUUUGUUUCAUCAAGGACAUAGACAUAACACCUGAGGUAUAUUACUCUUCCACUAUAGAAGGAGAAACAUCAUUUGGUCAGGCAUGGAUAUGUAAAUCGGUUUACGUCAUCUUCUACUAUGUAUUAACUGCAAAUUUCAUGUGGAUAUUUGUUGAAGGACUAUUUUUACAUACAUUUGUGUUGUCGACUAAAUACAACGUUUCACGACAUAUAUACAGAACAUUUCUUAUAUUAGGAUGGUGUGUGCCUUUAUUGUCAGUUAUACCCUGGGUAAUUGUGCGAUAUAUGUUCGAAAACACUCUGUGUUGGAACACAAUGGACAAUAGAUUUUUCUGGAUAAUCAAAGGUCCGAUUAUGGUAACAUGUAUUAUUAAUCUAGUGUUUUUCAUUAAUAUUAUCCGAGUUUUGUAUACUAAAUUGAAUGCAGCACACACAAAAGAUCCAAAUAAAUACAGAAAAUUAGCCAGAUCAACAUUAGUACUUAUUCCAUUGUUUGGUGUGUAUUAUGCAGUGUUUAUAGCAGUGCCUUUAUGUAUGGACCCUAAAUUAGAGGUCAUAUGGAUGUAUUCAGAAAUGUUCUUCAAUUCAUUCCAGGGAUUUGCAGUUGCCUUAUUAUUUUGUUUUAUGAACGGAGAGGUUCAAAGAGAAAUCAAGAAGCAUUGGCGUCGUCGGCGAAUAAUGCGUCGUCAAAGCAACAUGUCAUCACGUUCAAAAACAUAUGUUAUAGACCAUGACACACACCACACGUGUGUUCCGGACACAUGGGAUUCAAACGGGAACAUGGACCUAAAGGAACUGACUAUACCAGUGUGUAAUGUCGAAAUUGAUCUCAAUGUUAAUUCGCCUCAGGAAUUAGACGAAAAUAUCCCCAUUUUGAAGGAUUAAAAUAAAUGCGUUUGUACGUAUACAUUGUUAUUGCAUUCUAGCAGUGAUUGAUUGUACGUAGUGACAUCAUCAUGUUGAUGCUCUUACAUUCGUCGAUAGUGGUUCCAAUUAUUGUUAUUUUUUAUGUUAAAAUAUUUUAGGUUAGCAGCUAGCCAAUAAGAAUCAUGAUUAUACAUAAACAGUAAAAAUGUACGAAUUGUAAACCUAAAUGUAUUAAGGUGACAUACUCGAACUAAAUAUGUAGAAAUGGAACUCCCUUAAGAUUAGUUUCUGAAAUAUAGUUUAAUGUUUUGUACAAAGAUAAAACAACGGCUAACCAUCAUUUAUUUCAAGCGAACUGAUCUGUUUGUAGAAAGCGAGUACUGACUUGCGACAAAAAGCCACUACAGAAAAAUAAUUACUUAUAUCAUAUAACACGUUAUUAUUUAUUUCCUUGUUUUAAAAUCGAAUAAACGAUUAAACAUCUGAA